AUGCGUUCUAGAAGACUGAUUGUGCUCCUUAUUGUGAUUGCAAUCUUCCUGAUGACAUAUCGUGGUCUAGACAAUGUGGACAUUUUCAAGAGCAGUAAAUGGCUGGAAUUUCAGACCUAUGUGGUGGAUAGUGGUCACAUAGAAACAAAACGCCAAAACCUUCCGAACCUGAAAAAGAUACGUUGGCCGGAGAGGGAGUAUCUUCCCGCACCAAUGGGUGCGCCAGGAAGUCGUCAGUUGCCUCUGGAUGCCAAAUUCAGUCGCGCGCAGAUGCACACUUUGUGGAGUCUCUUCAGCAGCUUCAUUACGGCUAUGGAGGAGCUCGGUUUCAGCGACAGAGCCAUGAUGCGUAGGUUUCAACCCGACAUUCUCGUUAUGGGGCUUGGCCCGAGGGACAAGAUCUACGCAAGGUUAAUUGAACCGAGAAACUCCCCUGAGGACGUGUACGGAAGUCGUAAAUUGAGUGCCUACAAUUGGGGCUGGCCCUACAUUGACAUUAGUUACUACUCCACCAAUUUGACGCACGUACAUGUACUCGCCCCAUCCUAUCUUCGGUAUGAUACCUAUGCCAAAUCUGAUGUCUUUCCCCUGCUGCUCCGACCAUUCAACAAGUUCUGGGUUCCGACGCCAAGAAACACAUUUGCCGUUCUGCUGCAGAGUUUCCCUGGGAAGGAGGAUUGCUACACCCAGCUCUAUUCCCACAUCUUUGAGAAUGGAACUGAAGGUGUGAUGUUGCCGUGCAGAAACCUGGCGAAGAGGUAUGCCUUCGUUGAACACGUCCCCCUGCACCACAGCAUCCAGAGCAAGAAUGGUAGCCAGGCAGAUUUGGAUUGGGUCCGAGAGCGGCUGCUUCGAGAUGGAAAGGUCAUCCACGAGCUCCAGUUGGUUGCACCUCGGCGAGAAUCCAAUGUGGAAACCUAUAGCCUGCAGGCAAAGUCUAAUAUAUGA